GAUUUUAUCACAGUGAAAACAUUGCUCAAGCCUCAGGGAAUCCAAACCAAAACGAGAGAAAAGUAGCAAUACAAUUCUUAUCUUUGUUGUGAUAGGUCCAUGGCUCUCUUCUUUUCUCAUCAUCCUCUUCUUCAUGGGAACAAAUUACUUUUAGCUCUGCAGUCACAACGCAUAACUUCAUCAAAGCCCAACAACACAUGCGCGUUCACAUACCCAUCUAUUCGGUGUUGCUCAAGUUUGAACCAGAAAAACAGCAUCAACCUCAAAACUUGCAAGAACUGCAAAACCCAAUUCGACCCUUCACUCAAUCACCCUCAUGCUUGUCGAUUUCACACUUCCCAUUUUGGAGGAGAAACUAAGAGAAAGUUUGAGAGUGUGUAUGAAGGGGGCACAAUGAAUACUCCUGACUCUGGCAAAGUUUUUCAGUAUUGGCAUUGCUGUGGUUCUGAAGAUCCAUUCGAUCCUGGUUGCACUGCUUCUCCUCAUUCUUCAUAUGAUGAUUGAUGCAGAUGCCAUUCAUCAUCAUCCAUGAAUCUAAUUCACCUCUUCCAUUUAGUUUUCUUUUAGCUAUAGUUUCUAAACUCUUGUAUAAAAUUUUAGAAUCCUUAAAUAAUUUCUGAAAAUUUAAAUGUCGUCCACAUUCCUCAUGCAAAAAAAAGAAAAGAAAAGUGUGACUACACAUUUAAUCUGUUACCCAGAAGGGUAUAAUUUAUUUGUGAUGCGGCUGGUUGUUCUCUA